AUGGUGUCCAAUCGCAGCUGUCCCUGCAUUGCACGCACGCUUCUCACAUACCUCGGCCAUGACUCACCCAGUCAAGCUGAGAUUACGGAUAAAAGCGAUCCUGAUACAGCGAAGCCUAACCAGGAAAUCAAGGAAGAGAAAACUCAAGGAGAUGAAAUGCGGCUCAGUGAGGUACUUCGAGCCCUUGGUAAGGCACCAAAUCCGGCUGGCAAUCUGGCAAAUAAACUCGGCCGAGAAAAUCAGAACAAAGCUGAUGACAAAAAGCCAAGUAAUAAUCACAGAAACUCUAUGCUGGACGACACUAUGUACGAUAUUUACGAAUUACGCAAUAGUGCACGGUCGAAAAAAGCUGCUGCUGUAGCCUUAGCACAAACGCAGACCUUGUAA